GAUAUGCUGUUAUUUCAGAAGGAUAUUCGAGGAGUGAGGAAGCACUCCAUGGGAAGUGCAUGUCGAUUGUGACAAGAGGGAGUUUUAAGAAAUCCUAAAAGUAGUGAUGUCAUGCGUCUCUGCUCCUUGGAGUGAUUAUGAGGAUAGUGAACCCGCAAGCAAACAGAGGCUUGCUGGAUUGCAGCCAGGAAAUAUGCUUCGAGACGGAUAUGCUAAAAAUAAUGAAGCUUGAACGGUUGCAGAACAGGUACCUUCAUAGCUCCAGUUCAGUCACAAGAUUCUUCUCCACAAGUCGCGUUAUCAGUCACCAAUUAAAUGGCAAAACCACACAAGAUUCUCGUUCAUUCACUUGGCUCUCGGCCUGGCACGAUCAGUCUUAUAUUCUCACGAGACAAAAUCGAACAAAUCCUGCUUUGAUAAUAGCGAAAGAUGUACUGUCUUUCGAACGAGGUUAGCCUCAGCGCAGCUGAACGACGAAGCUAUGUUUGCAGAUUAGACGUCCAUAUCGUAGCUGCAAACUGCAACCACAUAUCGUAC